CUUACAAUAUUCACUUCACUACAUUUUUUGGUCACGCCCUGCACGACCUCUAUAAUCAAUACUAUCACCCCUUGUGCCAACUUCAUCACAGGAAGCAUCAACAAUGGUUUAACUCCAUCAGCCACGUGCUGUGAUUCACUACUGUCUUUGAUAAGCUCUAGUGUGGAUUGUGCCUGCCUUCUAGUAUCAGCUAAUGUUCCAUUGCAAAUACUCGUUAACAGAGUUCUAAGCAAGCAACGUGGAUGAAAUGCCUGCAAUGUGCAAAGCCUCUGGUUCUCCUUUACCGGCUGCUCCUGGCCCAGCUCUACUUGGAUCAAAUGACCAAACUCCUCCGCCUAUUGCCUUUUCUCCUUGAAGCCCACAAGAGUGCAGGAACAUCCUGUAUGGGUUGGAAAGCAGCUGAGAAACUCAUUAGGCACUGGAAAAUUCUCAGAGGAGAUAAUGUUAUGAUAACAAGGGGCAAAGAUAAGGGUGAGACCGGGAUUAUAAAGCGUGUCAUUCGCUCUCAAAAUCGUGUCAUUGUAGAGAGUAAAAACCUGGUAAAGAAGCAUAUAAAGCAAGGGCAAGGUCAUGAAGGGGGCAUCUUUACAGUGGAAGCCCCACUGCAUGCCUCCAAUGUGCAAGUUCUUGACCCAGUGACAGGCAAGCCUUGCAAGGUUGGAGUUAAAUAUCUUGAAGAUGGUACUAAAGUCAGAGUGUCCAGAGGAAUAGGAACCUCAGGGUCCAUAGUCCCUCGUCCUGAGAUUUUAAAGAUAAGAACUACCCCAAGACCUGCAGUCCUUGGUCCUAAAAAUACUCCUAUGAAUCUUGUGCUAGAGAAGACUUGCAAUGCUAAAACAGGACGGGGCAUGCCUGAACUUUAAGGAGACGUUGCCUUGUUCCGAUUAGGUAAUUGCUAUCGUGAUGAACAAAAAUUUGGUGUGAAUUUAUCUCCUUGCCCUUUGCCAUGAUUCAAUUAAAGACGUGUUUGGAACCACAUUCUAACACCACUUUAUGAUGGGUUAGACGCAAAAUCUAGAUUGGGUAGUGUUUACACACAGUUACAAACACAUUCCUUGUUUAAUGUUAUCAUGCCUAGGAGUUGAAUAACUUGUAACUUUACCAAUUAGACAUUACUACUAGCAUUCUUUUUCCUAUUCAAGUUGAUGUUAUCUCCAGUUAGUGAUGGUCAUUUCAUUCCAUAAACUUCAAUUGUUAAAAUGAGUGAAAAGGGAAAAAGGAACCCGUUUGAUUGUUAUGGUUCUAGUGAUUUUUAUUAAUUGGGUUUGUCCAUU